GCCAGGAGGCGGAAGUUCCCGCGGGCCGUGGGGACGGCGCACGCACCGCGAGUCACUUGUCAGCGCUCGUCUGAGGCGGAGGCAUCGCCGCAGCGGACCUGAGUUUCUUUCAUUUUUGGGGAUUGGACUUGGAGUCACUAGAACCAUGAGCAACUACAGUGUGUCCUUGGUUGGCCCAGCUCCUUGGGGUUUCCGGCUGCAAGGUGGCAAGGAUUUCAACAUGCCUCUGACAAUCUCCAGUCUGAAAGACGGCGGCAAAGCAUCCCAGGCAAAUGUAAGAAUAGGUGAUGUGGUUCUCAGCAUUGACGGAAUAAGUGCGCAUGGAAUGACUCAUCUUGAAGCCCAGAACAAGAUUAAGGGUUGUACAGGCUCUUUGAAUAUGACCCUGCAAAGAGCAUCUGCUAUACCCAAGCCAGAGCCGGUUCCUGUUCAAAAGCCCACAGUCACCAGCGUGUGUUCCGAGACUGCUCAGGAGCUAGCAGAGGGACAGAGAAGAGGAUCCCAGGGUGACAGUACACAGCAAAAUGGGAAAAUCCCACCUAAACGCCCACCAAGAAAACACAUUGUGGAGCGCUAUACAGAGUUUUACCACAUACCUACUCACAGUGAUGCCAGCAAGAAGAGACUGAUUGAGGAUACUGAAGACUGGCGUCCAAGGACUGGAACGACUCAGUCUCGCUCUUUCCGAAUCCUCGCCCAGAUCACUGGGACUGAACAUCUGAAAGAAUCUGAAAGUGAUCAUACAAAGAAGGCAAAGUUUGACAGUUCUCUGGAAGACCUACCUAAGAGUGGACCUCACCCACCUGCAACUCCUCAGGUUUCACAUAUUGGUAGCCACGUAGCUACACUUUCUAAAGUAACCACAUAUUCUAGUUUAAGCAGCUCCACAAGAAAGGUGGCGUCAAGUUCUUUGGAAGGUUUUCGAAACUUGUCUGCCUUGCCUUCUCCUGCCAGAUACAGUGCUGCCGUUCUGAGCAGCGCGGCCGCCACUGUGUCUGCUGUUCUCGCUGCAAAAACCAGGCUCUCCAGUCCUGAAAAAUAUCACUCACUCCUGGAUGCACUUUGCAUCAGUCCUGUUUCCAAGCCUUUAGCUUUUUCGUAUCUCCAGCCCUCGAGGAAAUCAGCUGGUUCUGUCCAUGUUAAGAAGACCAGCAUCACACACGAGCUGUCUCAGCAGUCGGCUCUGCCAGCGGCUGCAGCGCCAGAGGGGCCGGGGAGCCCAGCCUCUGCCAGGGCCGGGGUGGCCGGGGUAGCUGGGCUCACUACUGCCGCCGCCUUCAAGCCUCUGGGAUCCACCAGUGGGAUCAAGUCACCAAGCUGGCAACGGCCAAACCAAGCAGCACCUUCCACUGGAAGAGUCUCAAACAGUGGGACACCCACAGGCGCCGUGGCACCAGCCAGCUCCGCCGGAGGGCAGCCCCAGCCCAGCGAUGAGGACACUUUAGUGCAAAGAGCCGAGCACAUUCCCGCAGGCAAACGAACUCCCAUGUGUGCCCACUGCAACCAGGUCAUCAGGGGACCAUUCCUAGUGGCACUGGGGAAAUCUUGGCACCCAGAAGAAUUUAACUGUGCUCACUGCAAAAAUACAAUGGCCUACAUUGGAUUUGUAGAGGAACAGGGUGCCUUGUAUUGUGAGCUCUGCUAUGAGAAAUUCUUUGCUCCUGAAUGUGGUCGAUGCCAAAGGAAGAUCCUUGGAGAAGUCAUCAAUGCUUUGAAACAAACUUGGCAUGUUUCCUGUUUUGUGUGCGUGGCCUGUGGAAAACCUAUUCGUAAUAAUGUUUUUCACUUGGAGGAUGGUGAACCCUACUGUGAGACCGAUUAUUAUGCCCUCUUUGGUACUAUAUGCCGUGGAUGUGAAUUUCCCAUAGAAGCUGGCGACAUGUUCCUGGAAGCUCUGGGCUAUACCUGGCAUGACACUUGCUUUGUAUGCUCAGUAUGUUGUGAAAGUUUGGAAGGUCAAACCUUUUUCUCCAAGAAGGACAAGCCACUUUGUAAGAAACAUGCUCAUUCUGUGAAUUUUUGAAAGCCAUCAAUUCAGGAGAAGAGAAGAAAAUCUGAAGAGAAAGAAGAGAUUUAAAAUACCGAUUAAUUUUUAGAUUUAAUAUUUAUAUGGAGUUUUGAAAAAUAAUUAGUGCCCCUGAAGGGAUAAAUUCCAAGCUUUGAAAACCAAAUCUAUGAGGAAAUAUUUGGCUUCAUAAAGAGACAGUUUGGCAUUUAUUAUUACUUUUUUCCUGUAUUUUCUCCCCAUAAAAUAACUUUUAUAAAAACCAAUUUCCUGGUUGACUAUUAAGUUCAUCUUAGAAUAAAUUAGUGAAGAAUUAAAUUUUAGAAUAAAAACCUUCAACCUCUAUGCUGAAAUAAUUAAUUAUGCCUUCUUUCCUUGUUAGGUAGUUAUGAGUAAAUCUAUAAAAGGCAAUGAAAAUGCCUUACACUUAAUCAACAAGUGAAACUUUUUUUUAAUAGUGUUUAUCUUUAAAACAGUAAAUAGGAGUUUAAACAGAGGAUUUUAUCAGUGGUGGUGUCAUUUUUUAAAAAACUAUACAUUUUUUGUCUUUAACUGUAAAGUUGAUCAUUCCAGUAGGAAAGGCCAAUGAGAUUUUGAUCAAAAUGUGUUAUGCCAAUAAGAGAUGUUAUAUUUUUCUCCGAUUCUCCCACUCCAAAAAAGCCACCAUAUAGCUUAUAAAUUUCAGAUGUUUGUCUUUUAUUAAAAUACAACUUUUUAUUCAUAUGUAUGUUUCACCACCUAUAUCAAACUUUAUUUUUUCCCCUUCUUCAUGCUGAGGUAAAAAGCAAGUUGAAUAACUUUGGACUCUGACGGUUUUCUCUCUCUUUAAAGAGAAUGAAUAGAAAAGAAUGUGGUUGGGAAUUAUGGUAACUGAGAGGAUUGGAUCAAAAUUUUUAAAAAAUUUCCCCUUUUCAGACAAUGCAUCAGUUAGAUCCGUUUCAGAGAUGUACUCCUGACUGAUGGAAGUUUGAAAGUUCUCUUUACAGAAUAAUUUUGUUCUUCAGUUCUACGUCAGAAAAAUAAAAGAUUGGCUUGGGGAAUGUGAUAAAAAUUUAGAUUUCUUUUUUUCUUUUAGUAGUUCUUUCUCAAUAAUAAAUGAACCACUUCCAGUUGUAAUCACGCAGUUUGGAAAAUGUUUAUUCACAGAGGUUUGGUAGUAUAGAGGGAAACAUGAUUAAUUACUCAGACUGGCCUGUUACUUUUUUCUUUAUUUUAGGGAAAAGAUAAGCAGCUACCACAUGAAAACAGAAAAACAAUUGUGGUAGAAUCAUGGAUCCUGUUGAUAUUUGUUGAUAGUUUUUUUGUUUCCAAAACAAACAGAAGCCCAUGAUCACGGGAAGGUAUAGUUUAAAUUUGUUUGGAGAAGGUGCUCUUACAGUGGACACUGAGCCCCAAGCUCUGCCUGUCCUAGCCGGCACCUACGACUUCUCUUCCACUGUGUGUAUGUUUGUCAGAGAGGGGGAUUUAAGGCUACAAUAUUUGUUUAACCUCCCUAAGAACUUUUCAAGGUAUCUGUCCUUGAAAGCUGCUAAUUUAUGGUCUAGCAGAUUUAUAUUAUAUGCAGAUAAUAAUUAACUGGGGCUAAAAGAAUGAGAAAGGUGAUACCAAGUAGCAAACUGAAUGCUUCACCAGUAGCAACCCCAGACUACCUCCUCACCCUGCAUCUUGUAGGGAGGCAGGAAGUUUUCUGUUCUGUUUUUUAAAAGCUGGAACUGAAUUGUGCAUUAUUUCCUAUUGCUGCUGAAACCACCUAUAGAAGACAUGCUGGCUAAUGUGCACUGUCACAUAUCAAUGUCAGUCUUUCGCUUUACACGACAUAAAAUAAGCUGGUGGUUUUGUUUUGGUGUGGUAGAGAUUUUUUUAAAUUUAGUUUUACCUUUCUCAAUUAUAUGUCAAGAUAGUAUUUGAUAAAUCAAUGGCAUUUGGGUAUUUCCUUCAAAGAAUUUUAUUUGACCUGAAUUUCUUAUAAAGUUAUCUUACAUUAGGAUUUCAUUUUUAUUACACUUUUAUUUCUACAUAUUAUUCAUGGAGCAUAAUGUUGCAUUUCUCUAGAUUUUAUCCCUAAAAGAAUAAUGUUGCUUCCUAAUUUAUCAUUUUGUCUUUGUGCUUUGCCCUUCUCUUCUGUGGCGAAGCCUUCUAUUUGUUGCUAAAACAGUGAAUCCUGUGAGAUAAAUAUUGAUUAUAACCCAGAAGAAUCUCUGUAUUUUACAGUGGGGAAUGCCAUAUUUAAUACACCAGCAGUAAUCUUUUAAUAACUGGCAGAGCACUUUAUUCUUCUGGUGAGCUCCCUGAAUAUUUAUUUUUCUGAUUAUAAAUAUUCCAUAUCAGUAGCAUUUUUUAAAAUUAUUACCUCUAUUGUAGAGUGUUACUUUAGUCUCUCUAGCUGUAUAUUUUGGAAUGCUGUGCUUAGGGUAGUACAGAUGAAAAUCACAGUACAUGAUUCCAAAACAUCUACUUGGAUUUCCCAGUUUCUAAAUGUUAAUGAUGGGUUCAAACAUAUAACAUUCUCCAAGGACUGAAUGUUGCUUACUGAAAUAGCAGCCAGAAAAUAAUGCCCCCUGCUUAUGCUUGUAGCAUGCAGAUUUCCUAUUGGUUCAGGUUACAGGUUCCAUUUAGAGUCUAAAACUAAACCCUAAUAAUUUGGUCACUGUAUUAAGACAAAUAGAAAUGAGUUUAAAUCUUCAAAAUAUUAGUGCAGCAUUAUUGUUUAAAAAUGAUCUACAACAAAAAGGAAUUCUUUGAUACCAUUUUCAAGGGGUACUGUAUUAGUAUCACUUUUACAGCAAAUAAUUCUUCCCCUUUCAAGUGGGAAUCUAGGGUUAUAGUCACAUUUGUGUGAUACGUGGAGUUAAGUCAUCCCUGUCGAAAGGAGAGGUGUUACAGACAUACAGGAAGGGAAAACACACUGAAUGAUUUCAUACAAAUUUAAUGUGGCUUCAGUUUGUCCCGCUUCGUUCCCCGUAAGUUUUAAGGUAUUGAAUUUGGAUUCUCAGUGUAUCAUUUGUCUUAUGUAUUAAUCUCUAUCUUCUGUUUCUUUACAUUUUUCAGUUUGUUUAUGUCUGUGCUAUUUUUCUUUUGGAUGUGUUUUCUAAUUAAAAACCACAUGAUAAAUAUAAUCAGUAUAGCAAUACCUUAGUGUGCACAUACUCAAUAAAUAAAUGGCUGCAGUGAUGUCGACAA